UAGAUCAUGUGAAAACGCUAUAUUCAACAAUAUUCAUGUAUUCUAAAGUGUUCUACAAAAGACCUAAACCUAAGCCUAAAACAGAAUCUAUGAUGAUAUUUCUCUGCAUAAUAGCCAGCUUUUCAUCAAUGACUGCAGCCGUUGUGUCUGUGUUGGUGGUUAUGCUGUUUUCGACUCCAACACCUAAUUGUAAUGCUAACACAUGCAAUGCAGCAUUUUCAGCAUAUUUGUCUGAAGCUCAAGCACUGGCAACCAAAUCAUUAGCUGAAAACGAUACAAUCGUAUUUGAUCAAACUGUUUCUAACUGGGAUGACGCUUAUAGUACAACAACAGGAAAAUAUACAGUCAAGUGCACAGGGAUGUAUACAUUUACCUGGACAAUUUGCGGAGACGCCAAAAAGUAUGCCGGGGGUCAACUAGGAGAGUGGGGAACCUAUCUAAUGCAAGGGACAACUAUCAUUGGCGCAGUUCAUACAGAUACUGAAGAAUGGUCAGAUCAUGACUGUUCAACCGGAAGUGUAACUCGUUACGUCAUUUCCGGUGAUGAAAUUUAUUUGAAGACUGGUUUCUACCAUCAAGGUAUUUUACUGAGUAUGAAGGACCAGUCGAGAUCAACGUUUUCUGGAUGGAAAAUAUUCGAAUAGAUUAAAAACUCAGCAAUAUGAAAUAAUUAACAGCAUAAAUAAUUUGUGGAGACAAUUAUCUGAGCAAACUUGUAAUUAAUAGAUCAUAAGCAACACAACGAGCAAAAUUGGUUGACCAGCUUUUUUUUUGCUCUAUUCAAACAACUGAUUUCACCAGUUAUUAAUUUAUUUGAAUGUUUUAUGGAUAUUAUAGGUUUCGGAAUCAUCAUCAUAGUGGUAUUUUCCUGAAUUUUUGUACGUUGUUAUUUGUUAGUUAUAAAAGGUUUUUGUUAUUUUUAUGUUAUGGUCGUGUCUGUAUCUUUGUCUAAAAAACAAAGUUUUCGUUUCAAAUUUGACGAGGGGCCUCGGUGGCAACGCCCUAACGAUAAUAGUCAAACUUUGUAUCGGCUUUUAUCAGUGUACAUCUGUCAUCAGUUAAAUCAGGGAGUAAAUAAAAUGUAAAAUGAUAAAAUUGCUACAUACUUUGCCAAUAUGAAGUAUAUAUUGUUAUAUAUUUAAAGAUAUUAUAAAAAAAAUGAUAAGACAGUUGAAAGAUGUUGUACUUAAAUGCUAAAAUCUGCAAUAAGAGAACUUGUGCGUUCGUAAAUACACAAUCAGUCGUUUGUUUGGAUGUGUUUCUUUUCUUUUUUUCUUUUGCAUUUGUAUAGAGGGGCAGAUUUCUUUCUGAACUCAUUUAUGUUGAUGAAAUAAGCAUUACCUUUCGUGAAGGGGUUCGAAAGGAAGGCUGGCCUAAAUGGACAUGAGAUAAGAGUUUAGCGUUAUGAGCGAGGACGGAAGUUGAAACUCAAAAUUAGCCAAUGCAGUAGAUUGCAAAUCAGAGGUUAUUGUGCUUGAUUUUUGGACUAUAAAUCAUGCAUUAUGUACAUAAACGUUUAAUAUAGGACAGUUUUCAUCAAUAUUUUUUUAUCAUUUUUUACCAUAUUAAUUCGCUCAUUUUUAUUAUCAUUUUUUGUUUUGGAAAGGCGGGGCGGGGUGUGUAUGAUUAUAACCAAAAUCAAUUUCUUCUCAAAUCUUAAUUUAAGGUUAUUCUCUUUUAUCAAUAUUAACUUGAUUUACAUGUUCCUUUGGUCUGUUUUUUUUUAUUAUUAAUCCUUAUAUAAACUAUGUAGUAAUCCAGUAAAGUUAAUUUAAACACCAUGACUGAAAAUAUUUUUGUGAAAUAAUAUUUCUUUAAAACCGUCCGUAAAUUUUUUAUGUAGUUGUGGUAUUUAUAACUGACGAUGAUACCAUUUAACAUAUUCAACCUUUAUUUAAAACAUUCUAAAGCAUAAUACAGUUAAUUUCCAUUUCAAUCCAAAGCGAAUACUUUCUAUAAGUAUAAUGUCUAUCAUUUACAUCAUUGUACUUUUUGUAUGUUACAUAUACGGGUAUUUAAUAAUAUACUGACGUCUCCGAAAAUCGGCGGUUAUUUAUGGUAAAUACAUGUAAUCACCUAAUUUAUAUGUUCAUUAAUCUAUCAAAUAUCGUCAUUCUAUUUAGAAAAUAAAAAUAUGGAAUCUU